AUGGGAUAUUACGACGUCGAUGAUAUCUUAGCUGAUAGUGCAGAAUUCUCAUGCAAAUUUCAGUAUGAUAUGCCUGGUCUUGGUUAUCUAGCAGGCAACCCAGGCAGAGCUAUUGAUAAAAAUGCUAGAUUGGACCUCCCGUUGUGGUUAGCAAGAAUACUUGCCAUUGUUGGUGGUUCAGAAGAUGAAGAUGAUGCAGAGGAAGCAGUCCCAUUUGUUGAAUUGUUACCAGCAGAAAUUUUCUCACCUAAAGUCAUAAACGCUAUUAAGGCGGAUCCUACCUCUAUUGAUUUGCACUCGAUAAGUUCACACUUCCUCGCAUUAUCACUAAAAUGGAUUGCACUCUUUGGUGAUGAAGAAUUAGCAUCUAUAUGCAGUAGUUUGACUCUUGCAAGGGCAUUGGAGAUUAAUGCGCAUGCGAGUAGCGUUAAUUUUGUAUCUACUGCAGAGCUUGCAUCACCUUUCCUAUUGACCCUAGACGAAUCAGAAAAGAAGCUCUACAGGACAUCCCACGAAUCAUACAAAGAACAUAAGAGGUGGAUGGUAGAAAGGUGA